AUGACCGACUACGACAUCAACAUACCGAGUACCGAGUCGCUCUUCUCGGUCAAGGGCAAGAUUGCCGUGAUCACGGGCGGCUCCCGGGGACUGGGUCUGAGCGCGGCUUCUGCGUUGCUACAGGCCGGCGCCGCCAAGGUGUACGUGUCGUCGCGCAAGAAGGAAGCCUGCGAGGUGGCAGCGGCAGCGCUGAACGGGCUGUCGGGCCUGCAGCCGGGUGCGCGGGCGAUCUCGGUGCCGGCGGACGUGGCCACGAUGGACGGCGUGCGGACACUGCUGGCGGCGGUGCAGGCCGACAGCCCCGACGGUAUCGACAUCCUGCUGGCCAACGCGGGCGCCACCUGGGGCGCAGCCCUGGAGCAGCACUCGGACGCGGCCAUCGCCAAGGUACUGGACCUCAAUGUGCGGGCCGUGUUCAACACAGUGCGCGAAUUUGCUCCACUGUUGGCGGCCCGCGGCUCCGUCGAGUCGCCCAGCCGCAUCCUCGUCACCGGCUCCGUCGCUGGACUCGGUCUCGGCUCGCUCGGUCCUCAGGCUACCUUUGGCUACAGCGCCAGCAAGGCGGCCGUCAUCCAUCUCGCCCGCAACCUCGCCGUCGACCUUGGCCCUCGCCAUGUCACCGUCAACGCCCUCGCCCCCGGCUUCUUUCCCACCAAGAUGUCCCAGGGCCUGCUCGAUAUGGCCCCUGGUGGCGCCGACGCCGUCGCUCGCUCCAACCCUAUGCGCCGCCUCGGCCGUCCCGCUGACUUUGGCGCUGCCGUCGUCUACCUCUGCGCACCCGCCGGCUCCCACGUCAACGGCGCCACCCUGGCCAUUGACGGCGGCGCCAUGUGGGCCAAGGGCGAGCUUUUGAGCGUGCACUGGUCGAAGCUGUAG